AUGAGGUGUGAAAUGUGCCGUCACCAUGGUUGGCAGGGGAAACAGUCGCCUCCACUGACGAGGUUGAAGGAGGAAGAUGUUGAUUGUGCCUCAGAGCAAAGCCAGGCCAGGGACGAACCUCCAGUUGCCCACAAUGUCCCCUGCCCAGACGCAACUCUUCUCUGCACUGCCAUCAAGCGAUUUCCUAGUCUCAACAGGAGCAUUGUCGAGAGCGACCAGUCCAGCAGCACACUGGCAGAGAAAGACGAAGAAGACGACGAAUCUCCAAAAGAUCUCGAGGACCUCGAUGGCGUCCGCUCGACGUCUACCGCCGGCUUCUUUGAUCCUUCUCUGUCCCAGAUGCGCAGUGCAGUGCUUCAAAAAUAUUCUUGGACCCUCGCCCUGCUCUGCGCCUUCAUCCUUGGGGUUCUCUCGCUCCACUGGGGGUUCCUUUUCCGGGUACACGAGAACCUAAGCUCCGCCACCAUCGCUGUGGUUGACUUUGACGCAACUUCGCCUCCUUACGAGAAUGUCGAGCCAAUUGUUGGACAUUUCAUUAAGGCCACAAUCUCACACGAACGCGCCACGCAGAGGUAUUCUCUGGGUUACAAGUUCCUGGAUCCUGGCGCAUUCCGCCACGACCCCGGUGCAAUCCACCUGGCGGUUCACGAAGAGAAAUACUGGGGAGCAAUCAUUGUCAACAGCAAUGCUUCCGCACUACUGAGACGGGCUGUUGAGCAGGGAAACGUAUCCUACGACCCGUUCGGUGCAGGAGCGGUUGUCGUCAACCAGGCCCGAGAUAUCAAAUUCUACAGCCAAUACAUCACUCCCGUACUGACUCGUCUGGCGUCGGAUAUCAGCUUUGCUUUCGGCCGCAACUGGACGCAGUCGGUGCUCGCAAACGAUUCUCUCGCCCAACGCAGAUACAGUAAUGCUCCUCAAGCUCUAUCUCCCGGCAUUGGGUUCAGCCUGUUUGACGUGCGACCUUUCGAUCCUCCAACGGCGAUUCCCACCGUCAGUAUGGGCUUCGUUUACCUGAUGGUCGUUGCUUUGUUCUCUUUCGCCUUCUUCGUCCCGACACAUAUGGAAUUUGUCCUUGGGGAACCCUCGCACCGCCAACCCCCGUUGAAAUUCAUGCACCUGGUCAUCUGGCGGUAUCUCUCUACCAUCGUAACCUAUUUCUUCCUUUCCCUCUGCUAUAGUCUCGUGGGCCUGGCAUUUCACGCCCGUUAUUUCGGCCACGCCACUUUCGUCGUCUACUGGAUGCUGAAUUGGCUCGGCAUGGCUGCCAUAGGGCUUGCGUGCGAGAACGUUGCGAUGGCCGCCAGUCAGCCGUGGCCGGGGCUGUGGCUCCUCUUCUGGAUCGUCAGCAACACAUCAACGGGAUUCUGCGCGUUAGAAUUGGCGCCGGGGUUCUUCAAGUGGGGUCACGCGUGGCCGUUGAGGCAGGUCGUGUAUGGGAGCCGGACGCUGCUGUUCGGCACCCAAGGUCGACUCGGUCUCAAUUUUGGCAUUCUGGUCGCUUGGGCCGGCAUUGGGACAGUGUUGUUUCCAUGUUGCUGUUGGAUCAUGAGGCGGAAGGAAAUGAAAACCCACGGGGAAUCCGGGUUGACUGAGUUGAGUGAGUAG